AUGAAGUGCUCAUGGACAUUUGAGGAGCAAACUGAUCUCACUGUGGACUCCCUGCUCUCAGAUUUUCGGGGCUUGACCGUAUGGGCUUCCAACUGCGGUUCAAAUUCCGGGAUGUCACAGAUUCAGGUAGCGGCUGUACUCCGGGACACAGUCCAGUCAUCAAAUAAGGCUUGGUACACUCAGGAUGCCAGCCUGGCCUACCGGAAGGCCUUUCUGGCCGUGUUGGUGAAAAUGCCGGAGGUCAUGGUCUGCACAAGGUCUGACAUGGCCACCCAAGUGGCCGCCCCCAUAAAAGACACAAUUAACCGGAAUAGUGUUCUGAGGGAGUACAUCCAGGGACAGGGGAGCUGCUUCUUUGCUUUGGAGUGA